GAGGAGAUAUUGUUUGGUGACAAGGCUAUAAGAAUAGAAGAACCCCCAGUCUGUAGUGUUGUAAACGGCAGAAAGCUCACACAAGCAUGAUUCAAACAGCUUUUGUCACUGCCUCUACCUCUACCUUCAACAAAAACUGCAGACCAGACUUGGAAACCAUGUCGUCUCCCGUGAAGAAAACCUCUCAAAAUAUGAGCUCCAGGGCAGCGCGCUUCUGGCGUUACAAGACAGCUCGUCGCGAUGAGCCUGUCCCUCCUGUCAAUUCGCGACUGUUGAGCCUGCCAGCGGAGCUUCUCAUCGCCAUCAUGGAAAACCUGUCCGAAUCCAAGGACAUCGCAGCACUGCGUCGCACGUGUCGCAAGAUCGGUCGCUUUACGGAUUCUCAAGCGAACCUGUACCGUCUAGUCACAGUCUCACAACACCCAUGGGCUCGGACGCGACUCGAGCUCGUUGCUCUCAAUAGGAUCCCCAAUAUUACUGGAGAACUAGUGAAAACUUCGAGCAGGGUUAAGACGCUUGUCUUCGAAGAUAUACGGAUUGUCGCACCGAACACGGACUAUCGAGAUCUUAGUGAUCUUUGGACGCGGCACCAAAAUCGCCUUUACAAUAUGGCGGUAGCAGACUCCAUCGGUGUAGCAGCUCAAAAUUUCAGCAGACUGGAGACAAUCGAGUACGAUCCUGGAUCCUCGCGCACCAUGUGGUCCAGAGACACGCUGGACAUGCACUUCCGCGCAAUCGCAAGGGAGAUCGCGCAUACCAGCGAUGUUGCCUCCAGGCAACAGGAGGAGAUGUUCUGCAAAGUUGUCGAACUUGUCUUGCGCAAUCGGUGUGUUGAAGCAAAGCCACUCACUGUCGAGAUACGGACCCCCGUCACCAAUUUCUUCAAUGAGACGAUUUGGGAUCAUGCACGCCAAAUUCCCCGAACUCAGUAUCCAAACUGGCCAUCCAAUAAUCGCCUCGAAAAUCUUGACAUUCGAUACACUGGCAACAACGCGUACUGUGAGCGAUGUUUCAAGAGCGACCUCGGCGUCCUUUGUGGUCGUCUUGGUCGUCACCAAUUCGCCAAUCUGCGCUCACUCACCCUCGGUGGGAACAAGCUUUUGGGCCGUGAGUUCCUCUGCCUCGACUCGCUUGGGUCGAUCGAGUUCAUCCCGGAUUGGACCAAUCUUAGGAAGCUCCGUCUAGAAAACGUGUCUCUAAGUUACAAGACAGUUCGUCUUCUGCGAGCGCAGCGGUUCGACCUGGAGAUCCACAAUGCAAUGUGUCAUCACAGCUUUUUCCUGUCGCUCCCCGAUAACUCCACUCUAAGAUCUGUACAGAUAUCUGGUAUUCUUGUUUGCCAGAGGUGGAGAUACCCACUUCACAGGCACGCGAAACGCCUCACGACCUCUCAACACCCAGUGUGGUUGAUUGCAAAGCGCUUGUCGGAUGUGCAAGCCAUUAUUCGCGAAUGUCAUCACCAACCGCACCUGAAACUUGAAGUGCCAUGGGUUUCGCAGGCAAAGGUUGAGAAAUACAUGUUGGAAGGUGGCUUUAGUCCCAUGAGCCAGGCCAACAUGUGGUCUGAUAAAUUGCCUAUGUACUAA